AUGCAGGAUCAAAAAGACCAAACCAUGAGUACUAAAACAAAAAAGCUUCUCUUGAUCAUAAACGCAGCUCUUCUCGUCAUAGGAACAUGCGGCGGCCCUUUAAUCACCCGCCUCUACUUCAUUCGCGGCGGCAAACGCGUGUGGCUCUCCUCCGGUCUCGAAACCGCCGGCUGGCCGAUCAUAUUCCUGCCCCUCUUCUUCAAUUUCAUCCGACGCCGUCUCGAUAAAACCUCCCCAAAACUCUUCCUCAUGACUCCUCGUAUCUUCCUCGCCGCCUCAGUAAUCGGAAUCCUAACCGGUGCCGACGACUAUCUAUACGCCUACGGUGUCGCGAAACUCCCUGUUUCAACCUCUGCCCUCAUCAUCGCUUCGCAGCUGGCAUUCACUGCCCUCUUCGCCUUUCUCCUCGUCCGACAGAAAUUCACUCCGUUUUCUGUAAACGCGAUUGUCUUGCUGACGUUAGGAGCAGGGGUGUUGGCGAUGCGAUCGGAAAGUGAUCGGCCAAAGGGAGAGACGAAAUGGGAGUAUUGUAUGGGAUUCAUUGUGACAGUGGCGGCGGCUGCUCUGUACGCAUUGAUAUUACCGUUGGUUGAAUUGACUUAUAAGAAGGCAAAGAUUGAAGUAACGUAUACAUUGGUAAUGGAGAUGCAGUUAGUUAUGUCGUUCUUUGCUACUGUUUUAUGUACAAUCGGCAUGAUCAUCAAUAAAGAUUUUCAGGCAAUUCCAAGGGAAGCAAAGGGAUAUGAAUUGGGAGAAGGAAUGUACUACGUUGUUUUAGUUUGUAACGGAAUUAUAUGGCAAUGUUUCUUCUUAGGGGUGAUAGGGGUGAUAUUUACGGGAUCAUCGUUGCUGUCGGCGGUGUUAAUAGCGGUUUUGUUGCCGGUGACGGAGGUGCUGGCGGUGGUGGUUUAUAAGGAGAAGUUUGAGGCGGAGAAAGGUGUUUCAUUAGUGUUGUCUCUAUGGGGAUUUGUUUCUUACUUUUAUGGAGAGACCAAAUACAAUAACAAUAAUAAUAAUAAUACUAAUAAGUCUAAUGAACCCAAUCCAAGUCCAGCCACCAGCUCCUCAUCAAAGCUAGAUCAUGUAAUUUAA